CUCGAUUUCUGGCUUCCGAAGCGCACUCUGUGAACGGACCGUGAAAGUUUGUUGCAUUCACACAGUUAUUGUUCAUUUUUGUGUAAAAUGGAGGAGAAGAACAGCUCUGGAAAUACUGCAGCAGUGGAAAAUGCGGGGACAAACCCGUCGCCUGCGAAAAAGUCUGCAAAAUCAAAGAUAAAAUCGCAACGUUCUAAAUCGUCCCAUCCACCAACUGCGGAGAUGGUGAAUGCUGCUAUCAAGGCCUUGCAAGAUCGCAAGGGAUCGUCAGUUCAAGCUAUCAAGAAAUACAUAGCAACGACGUAUAAGGUUGAUGGUGAAAAAAUGGCGCCAUUUAUUAAGAAGUACUUGAAAGCUGCCGUAACUACCGGUGCGGUGGUGCAAACCAAGGGAAAAGGUGCCUCUGGCUCGUUCAAGCUGUCCAUAUCUUCGAAGGGUCUCGAAUCGAAGAGCAAAUCCAAACGUUCUGUGAAAAAGACCGUACCUGCAGUAGCUGAGAAGAAAGCUGCGGAGAAGAAGCCAGCGAGUCCUAAGAAAGCGGCUGCCCCGAAGAAAGCACCCGCUGUGAAGAAACCAGCCGCGGCAGCCAAGAAACAACCUCCUUCUCCGAAGAAAGCUAAAACUGCUGCUGUAAAGAAAGCAGAAUCUGCGAAGCAAAAGGCACCACCACCACCGAAAAAUUUAUCGAAAACGAAGAAAGCCACUAAGGCACCAGCAGCAAAGACGAAAACUCCAAAACCAAAAACAGCAAAGUCUCCAAAAGUCGCAAGAGCAGCGGCGAAAAAGUAAUUCGUUGAAGAAUACAUACCAAUUGGCCCUUUUCAGGGCCACAAAACCUAUUUUACAAAGAAACCAUCUCUGUUUGUACUCUGCAAGAAUUUACCUCCUCAUUCCAAAUUACCAUUUCCUUUAAAAUAAAAUUUUGAUACAAAUGUUA